AUGGGGGUCAGUCCUGCACAGAAAAUCUUCCAUGGUGGUCCUGGCCAGUUCUUGCAGCCAAUCAGCCUGAGGGCGGGAGAGCGGGGGCCGUGCUGCUCUGUGGUUCAUUUACGUUGCCGAGAGGCCCUGGCCUUUUGGGGGUUGGGAGAGGCUUUGUCCUCUCUGCCCCACAUGAACCUCGGGUUUGGCUGUCGUCUGUGGGGCUUCAGCUCGUCGCGUUGCAGGGGGCGCGGAGUGGGACUGGGGCUGCUGCCGUGGACACCUGUGAGCCGGAAUCCAGUCAAGCCUCCAGCUGCCUGUGCCAUGGAUCCCAAGGUCAGCAAUGGUUCAGGAAUCCAGGAUGAGUGCAUCACAGAUUUGCUGGUGUUUGGCUUCCUCCAAAACUGCUCCAACUACAAUUUCCACAAAGAGCUGCAGGUGUUGGGCCAUGACCUGCCUGUGCCAGUUUGCCUGGGGGAAAGCCAUGACGAUGAACUACAGACAGAUGGCAGUCGGUACAGCCACUUUGUCCUGCAGAGCCAGGAGACAGAUUCUGAGAGUCAAGAGGAAAUCAUCCAGAAUAUCGCCAGGCAACUUGCCCAGAUAGGGGACAGGAUGGACCGCAGCGUCCCCCCGAGACUGGUGAAUCACCUGGCAAUACAGUUUAUGAAUGGGAACCUGUCAGAGGAAGACAGAAGGGAGUGCCUUGCUGCUGUCCUGGAGCAGGUCAUGCAGACUUAUCCUAAAGACAUGGAGGAGGAGAAGACCAUGCUGCUGUUGACCAUGCUGUUGGCCAAAAAGGAGAUGGACUGAGUGGAAGACUGCAAAGCGUGUCUGGUUAAAAUUUGGUAUGGGAUAGCAGUUAGCUGCCUCCAGUGGAGAUAGAGCCAUGACUACUUAAAGUUCUUAGAGAAGCUGGGCACAAGAUAACAGUUAUUUAUUUCUCACUAUUUUAAAGAUGAUGUUUUAAACCGGUGACCCAUUUAGAAAUGUCUACAUUAAUAUACUCGAAUAAAAAUGUCAACUUGCACAUAUUUGAA